GUACUGGAAAGUUUCUUGUGGGGAAGAGUUGUGGGGAAGUGGGCGUUUUCAUUAUUUCGGCUCCCUUCCGGAGCCGGUGGAUAUUGCUAUCGGAGUGGCGGAGAGUCUCUCUUGGAUGCUGGGUUCUUUUCUUUGCUGGAUCUGGAGGCAUGGGUAGCAAGAAACUAAGAAGAGUGGGUUUAUCUCAAGAGCUGUGUGACCGUCUGAGCAGACAUCAGAUUGUUACUUGUCAGGACUUUUUAUGUCUUUCCCCACUGGAACUUAUGAAGGUAACUGGCCUGAGUUACCAAGGUGUCCAUGAACUUUUGUGUAUGGUCAGCAGGGCCUGUGCCCCACAAAUGCAAACGGCUUAUGGGAUAAAGACACAAAUGUCUGCAAAUACCUCACCAGCAUUUUUAUCUACUACCCUUUCUGCUUUGGAUGAAGCCCUGCAUGGUGGUGUUCCUUGUGGAUCCCUCACAGAGAUUACAGGGCCACCAGGCUGUGGAAAAACUCAGUUUUGUAUAAUGAUGAGUGUUUUGGCUACAUUACCCACCAGUAUGGGAGGAUUAGAAGGAGGUGUUGUGUACAUAGACACAGAAUCAGCAUUUAGUGCUGAAAGACUGGUUGAAAUAGCAGAAUCCCGCUUUCCCAGCUAUUUUAAAACUGAAGAAAAAUUACUUUUGACAAGUAGUAAAGUUCAUCUUUACCGGGAACUCACCUGUGAUGAAGUUCUACAAAGGAUUGAAUCUUUGGAAGAAGAAAUUAUUUCAAAAGGAGUUAAACUUGUGAUUAUUGACUCUGUUGCUUCUGUGGUCAGAAAGGAGUUUGAUACACAACUUCAAGGCAAUAUGAGAGAAAGAAACAAAUUCUUGGCUAAAGAAUCAUCCCUAUUGAAGUAUUUGGCCAACGAAUUUUCAAUUCCAGAAGAAGAGGAAACAGAUUUUGUGAGCAGCCAGCAAUCUCUGACAAAUGGGUUUGUUGAGUCAACCCUCCCCUUCCAGGUUAUCUUGACGAAUCAAAUUACAACCCAUCUGAGUGGAGCCCUCGCUUCUCAGGCAGACCUGGUGUCUCCGGCUGAUGAUUUGUCCCUGUCUGAAGGCCUUUCUGGAUCCAGCUGUGUAAUUGCUGCCCUAGGAAAUACUUGGAGUCACAGUGUGAACACCCGGCUGAUUCUCCAGUACCUUGAUUCAGAGAGAAGACAGAUUCUCAUUGCCAAGUCCCCUCUGGCUCCUUUCACCUCAUUUGUCUACACCAUUAAGGAGGAAGGCCUGGUUCUUCAAGGCUAACAGGCCAUAGGGAUACUGUGACCUUUGUCUCCAGCUGAUGGGGGUGUGAUUUGUGAAAUGAAACAGUACCAUGCUGCUUGGAAGAAGGAAACGGAAGCCGACAUAAUGGGGAUUAAUUAGUUGAUUGCUGUUGAGAUGGUAACAGAUUUGCUCCUAGACCAUUGAACCAGCGAUUUCAGACUAGCAGGGAAGGUGAAGAUGAAGACGCCUUUGUUCAGGUCUCUAGAUGUGUAGGGCUGAGGGCUUUGCCGCCAUGGGAUGUCAACAGACAUAAUAAUAAUAAUUUGCACUUAUAUAGCACCUUUCAACCAGGCACCUCAAAGCGGUUUAACCACAUUAAUUAAUUAAAGCCCACAAUCCCCCUGGGGAGAGAAGGAGGAUGACUAACAAGAUUUGUAAUUACAGAAGGGAACAUUUCCGAAUAAAGUAUUGUCCACCAAA